UGCCUGGAGAACUGAGGAGAGGAGCCCCUCGUCAAGUGGAAAGAAGAGACACCCUCACUGGAACAUUCUGAAUUUUGAAUGUUAUGAGCUAACAGGAACAAUGUGUGCUGUGUGGUGGGAUGACACAUUUUAAGGAAUGGCACUGCCCUUUCCAAAAAAUGAAGAGAGGAAAUUGCAAAAUAAGCCUUGCUGUUCAAAGAGGGGCCCAUAGACCAGCAACAUUGGCAACACCUUACUAGAAAUGCAGAAUCUUGGGCCUCACUCCAGACCUACUGAAUCAGAAUCUGCAUUUUAACAAGAUUCUCAGGAUAUCCCUGGUGAUCUUAGAAGAGUCUGUAUUAUGGAAUCGAUCUCUAUGAUGGGAAGCCCCAAGAGCCUUAGCGAAACUUUUUUGCCUAAUGGCAUAAAUGGUAUCAAAGAUGCAAGGAAGGUCACUGUAGGUGUAAUUGGAAGUGGGGAUUUUGCUAAAUCCCUGACCAUUCGACUUAUUAGAUGUGGCUAUCAUGUGGUCAUAGGAAGCAGAAAUCCUAAGUUUGCUUCUGAAUUUUUUCCUCAUGUAGUAGAUGUUACUCACCAUGAAGAUGCUCUAAUAAAAACAAAUAUAAUAUUUGUUGCUAUACAUAGAGAACAUUACACCUCCCUGUGGGACCUGAGACAUCUGCUUGUGGGUAAAAUCCUGAUUGAUGUGAGCAAUAACAUGAGGAUAAACCAAUACCCAGAAUCCAAUGCAGAAUAUUUGGCUUCAUUAUUCCCGGACUCCUUGAUUGUGAAAGGAUUUAAUGUUAUCUCAGCUUGGGCACUUCAGUUAGGACCAAAGGAUGCCAGCCGACAAGUUUAUAUAUGCAGCAACAAUAUUCAAGCUCGACAACAGGUUAUUGAACUUGCCCGUCAGUUGAAUUUCAUUCCCGUUGACUUGGGAUCAUUAUCAUCAGCCAGGGAGAUUGAAAAUUUACCCCUGCGACUAUUUACUCUCUGGAGAGGGCCAGUGGUAGUAGCCAUAAGCCUGGCCACGUUUUUCUUUCUUUAUUCUUUUGUCAGAGAUGUGAUUCAUCCAUAUGUUAGAAACCAUCAGAGUGACUUUUACAAGAUUCCUAUUGAAAUUGUGAAUAAAACCUUGCCCAUAGUUGCCAUUACUUUGCUGUCCCUGGUCUACCUGGCAGGUCUCCUGGCAGCUGCUUAUCAGCUUUAUUAUGGCACCAAGUAUAGGAGAUUUCCAACUUGGUUGGAGACCUGGUUACAGUGUAGAAAACAGCUAGGAUUACUAAGCUUUUUCUUCGCUUCAGUCCAUGUUGCCUACAGCCUCUGCUUACCAAUGAGAAGGUCAGAAAGAUACUUGUUUCUCAACAUGGCUUAUCAGCAGGUUCAUGCAAAUAUUGAAAACUCUUGGAACGAGGAAGAAGUUUGGAGAAUUGAAAUGUAUAUUUCCUUUGGUAUUAUGAGCCUUGGCUUACUUUCCCUCCUGGCAGUCACCUCCAUCCCUUCAGUGAGCAAUGCUUUAAACUGGAGGGAAUUCAGCUUCAUUCAGUCUACACUUGGCUAUGUUGCUCUGCUCAUAAGUACUUUCCAUGUUUUAAUUUAUGGAUGGAAACGAGCUUUUGAAGAAGAGUACUACAGAUUUUAUACACCACCAAACUUUGUUCUUGCUCUUGUUUUGCCCUCAAUUGUAAUUCUGGGUAAGAUCAUUUUACUCCUUCCAUGUAUAAGCCGAAAGCUAAAGAGAAUUAAAAAAGGCUGGGAAAAGAGCCAAUUUCUAGAAGAAGGUAUUGGAGGAGCAGUUCCUCAUCUCUCACCAGAGAGGGUUACAGUAAUGUGAUGAUAAAUGGUGCUCCCUGGUGCCAUAUAAAGUUCUCCUCAUGCCAUUAUUUUUAUGACUUCCUUUAUCUGCAGUUGCAAGUGCACUGUCAAAUUGCUAUGGGCUAAAACCUCUUCAGUGAGAUCUCAACUGAAUUAGUGGUAGAAUUUUCUUCAAAUUUAUUUUCACUAAUGUCACAU